UAUGGAACUCUAUCCUCGCAUUGGUAAAAACUUCGACAUUAAAGUUUUUACAAAUUGCAGAUUUGGAAUGAUGUCUUGGGCAGUUCUAGCUGUAACCUAUUGCAUAAAGCAGUAUGAAGUGAACGGCAAAGUGGCUGAUUCAAUGCUUGUUAAUACCAUAUUGAUGCUGGUGUAUGUUACUAAGUUUUUUUGGUGGGAAGUUGGAUACUGGAGCACAAUGGAUAUUGCACAUGAUCGAGCUGGUUUUUAUAUUUGCUGGGGAUGCCUUGUAUGGGUGCCUUCUAUAUAUACUUCUCCUGGCAUGUACCUGGUCAAUCAUCCCGUACACCUUGGAACUCAGUUGGCACUCUACAUCCUAGUAGCAGGCAUUCUUUGCAUAUACAUCAACUACGACUGUGAUAGGCAAAGGCAAGAGUUUCGCAGAACAAAUGGCAAAGCUUUGGUUUGGGGUAAAGCUCCAUCAAAGAUAACUGCCACUUACACUACCACAACUGGGGAAACAAAAAGCAACAUUCUUUUAACUUCGGGAUGGUAUGGAAAAUACUGGAAAUUGUACUGCGAGAAGGUUCGGUAUAGGGUCAUCCCCGGAAUUUACUGAGAAAAUGUUGCACAAGUGUUUGUUCUAUGUUGAGAAUGGCAUGUAUAUUCAGCCUUUCCAAAUUAAAUGAUGGCAGGCUGGUAUCAUGUUGUUGUUAUUGUUGUUUUUGUAAUGGUCAACUUUAUGGAUGUUGUAUUUCUCUCAUCUUCAAUGACCAAAAACUUUUCUUGUUUAGGAAAA